AUGGCGAUUCCCUGCAGCAGUAACACCAGUUUCUUUGAUUUUGCUUUAGAUGACCAUCUGCGGUCGCAUCACAUGUCCUCCAGCACUAGCACUAGUUGCUUUGAUCUUGCUUUAGAUUUUCUAUGCAAGUUUGAGAAGUCCGUCGAUUUCCAGCUCUUCGGUAUCGCGGAUCUGAAGGAAAAGAUAAGAUUCUUGAAUUCCUUUUUUCUGUAUGUCAAGAAGUGUAGGAGGAGGAACCGUGAAGCGCCUUUGGAGCAUGAUCAGGAGGACGCGGGUAAAACGAUUUUGGAGCAUGAUCAGGAGGACAAGGGUAAAGAGCUUUUAGAGCAUGAUCAGGAAGACACGGGUACUAUUCUGUCUGAAAGUUUGUCACAUAGUGCUAUUUGCUUCGGAAUUCAAGGUAGGGUUAUUAAGAUGGUUCAUGAUCUUCAGUCUGCUUAUCUUUUAUGCAAAGGUUCUGAUGAGUCAGAUAGAAUGCCAAUAGUAUUUAUUGCGAUAGCCAGAUCCUUGGAUGAUAUUUGGUCAUUUCUUAAGACAGAUAUCAUGGAAUCAUGCACCGUCAUCUUCCUCGACUAUUACCCGCCAGGAGAUCCACAACUAGUUAUGGAUCUUAUUGCAUCCCUUUUGGAGGCUCUGAGGCAACCUUUAAUUGAGUUAGAGAAUACUAUGAGACACGAGCUAAAGCUUUUAAGGAGUCUCAUUUGCUUUGCGAUGAUGCGAGGUGUUGAGUGUACGCAAUUGACAGAUCUCUUGACUCACUCUGCAGUUGUGGUUGAACAGGCAAUUUUUGAGUGUUGCUUUGACAGUGAUGAAGAACAAGCGCCUAGUCAAACGGACUCUGAAAUUUAUGAGUUGAUGGAUGAGAAUAUAGAUCCUUUUGGUCCCCAAGUCCGAGAAACUUGCAUGCAUGUCCUGACGGCUUCAAAGAAACAAUUAAGAUCAUCAUAUGCUUUAGCCCUUGAGCAAAAUGAGCAUCGAGUGCUAGUCGAAUUUAUUGAUUCUCUCCUAGAUUAUCUUGCGGAUCUUCUAGGAUAUUGGGCUAGUUUUCAGGUUCUGGUAAAGGAUCAAAUGCUAAAACUCCUUCAAGGAGUAAAAUACUUGAGUAUCCUUCUUGAACAGGAGAAGAAACAAGGCGAUGAAAUUAAGGAUCUUAUUGGAGUUGUGGUCCAUGAUGCAGGAACUCUGAUCUUCUCCCUUUCUGUCAACGAAAUCAAAGAAGGUUUUUCCAAGGAAACAGAUCUUGUGUUGUUUCAUUUGUACAAAGUUCUCAAGUAUAUGAUGGCAGAGCUUGCGCACAAUUAUCCUCUAACAUCACCACAUUCAUCAUUUAAUUAUCCUAGAUCCAAUGAGUUGGGCUGUAUGGAUUUUUUCCUAAAAAAUCUCAAGGAACUAGCAAGGUGUGAUGAGGCUAAUGAUUCAAUUGUUUUUCUACAGGAUAGAAUCCAAAGGAUCGAAAAAGAUCUUGAAUUCUUGAGACAUGUCCUGGUGAAUAUCAAGGAGCAGCGCUAUCAGAAUGGAAAACUCCAAGCUUUUUGGAGUCAUGUUAUGGAGGCUGCAUACAAGGCAGAGUUAUUGAUUGACUCAACACUAGUUAGUGAUAAAUGUGAAGAUUCUUUGGAUGCUGUUGCUAGAGAUAUCAAUCUUCUGAAGAUUGAGGCUUUGGAGAUCCAAAAUGGUCAAAUCCAGGGAGUUAACAAGACGUCCAUUCACAUACCAUCACAACUUAUUGCCACCAUUCACAAUGAAGAUCUGGUGGGUCUCGAUGACAAGGUGAAAUCUAUCAUUGAUCGACUUAGGAGUGGAUCAAAGCAGUUGGAUUUUGUUCCCAUUGUAGGUAUGCCUGGGAUUGGUAAGACCACAUUAGCCAAUAAAGUUUAUGUUGCUGAUUCAGUUACGUCACAUUUUCAUGUGUGUGGCUGGUGUUAUGUCUCUCAAAUGUAUAGCAUGCGUAGUUUGUUAGUUCAGCUUUUGUGUAGUAUUUCUUCUGAGAGUCCUGAAAAAUAUCAUAAGAAGGAUGAAGAUGAUUUGGCCAAGGAGCUAAAGCAAGUUUUGCUGAGAAAUAGGUAUCUCCUUGUUUUGGACGACUUGUGGGACAUUGAGGCAUGGAAUUUGUUGGUAAAAUCAUUGCCAAAUGAUGCCAAUGGAAGCAGGAUUCUCUUCACCAGCAGAUUUCAGAAUUUGUCUUCAAAAUUCAAACCUGAUACUGAGCCUUACUAUCUCCGCCAACUUACGGACGAAGAGAGUUGGACAUUGCUCAAGAAAAAGCUAUCUGACAAAGGAGGUUGUCCUCCAACAUUAAGUGAAGUUGGAUCUCAAAUAGCAAAAACUUGUAGGGGCUUACCCCUUACAAUUGUCCUUGUUGCUGGAAUUCUUGCUAGCACUGCACAAGAUAGCUGGGAAGAAGUUGCAAAAAGUCUUAGUUCUACUGUCCUUGACAAUGAAUGUUGCAUGAAGACGCUUGAGUUGAGUUAUAAUCACUUACCAGAUUAUUUGAAGUCAUGCCUUCUAUACUUUGGUGCAUUUCGAGAAGAUGAGAUCGUUAAUGUCCGCAGGCUGUUAUGGCUUUGGAUCUCUGAAGGAUUCGUGCAAAAGGCUGAAGAAAAGAGCUUGGAGGAAGCAGCUUACAACUACUUGAUGGCUCUGAUUAAUAGAAGUUUAGUUAUGGUUACCGACCAAAGAACUACGAGUGGUGCCAAAGCCUGCCAACUUCAUGAUUUGGUACGCGAGUUUUGUGUGGAAAAAGCCAAAGAAGAAAGUUUUCUACGUAUUAUUCAAAGUUGGGAAGACCCUUUUAGUCUUGCUGAACCAGGCAGCCACCACCGAGUUUGUGUUCAAAGUAGCUGGGAAUUGAAGACUUGGGAGUUAGUGAUAAUUUUUCCCAAUUUACGCUGUUUGCUGUUGUUUGGAUAUGAUGCUUUUGACUGUGAAGAGAAGCCUUCGAGGAUUUUGUUACCUAAGCUUCUUAGAGUGUUGGAUUUGGGGUACUGGGACUUUGGUGAAUCAUUUCCAAUGGAAGUUUUAUUGCUUGUUCACUUGAGAUACCUGGCGCUCUGUGGAGUAACAUCAAUCCCAUCUGCAAUAGCCAACCUCUCAAGGUUAGAAACUCUCAUCAUAAAACAUCCAGAGAGUAAUAUUGUGCUGCCAAAUACUAUUUGGAACAUUAGGACAUUGAGUUAUCUACGUACUACAUAUUGGAAAAGAGGUUUUAUUUUUGCAGUUGGAAAUCUUGAAGUACCCCCAGAUUUAGAUCAUUUAGAAACUUUAAACCUUGCAAUUGAUCCCUUCUCUCAAAACUUGCAAAAGUUACUAACAAAAUUACCAAGCAUCCGUCGGCUAAAAUGUACGAGGGAUGACGAAUCAAGCGAUGACGAAUCAAGCGAUUAUGAAUCAAGAGACGAUGAAUCUAGAGAAGAUACCAGAAAUUGCUACGAGAUUCUUGCGUUUGACUGUUUGAGUCAACUAGAGUCACUUCAUUUGAAUGGUUUUCAGGGAUAUGGAUUUAAAUACCCAUUGAAUUUGAAGAAGUUGAGUCUCUCAAAGAAUUGUCAGCCAUUGAGUGAAAUUUCAACGAUUGGAAAGUUGCCCAAUCUUGUAGUGCUUAAAUUACACGAUUCCUCCUUUAUUGGGGAAGAAUGGGUAAUGAAAGAAGGGGAGUUCCCUAACCUCCGAGUCUUGGAAUUGUUAGGGUUGGACAUUCGAAACUGGACUGCAUCUUUUGAUAAUUUUUUCCAUCUUGAGAAAUUGGCUGUGCACCGGUGUAAGAAGCUGGAAGAGGUCCCUUCUUGUUUAGGGGAAUGUCCGACUCUUGAAAUGAUUAAGGUGGAAAACUGCCGUGAGUCUGUUGCAAAUUCAGUAAAGCAAAUUCAGCAAGAACAGAUGGAUAGUGGAAAUGAGGUUCUAAAGAUCAUAAUUGAAAAUUGUUAUGAUGAUACACCUGUUCUCUCCAAAGAAUAG